AUGAGCUUAGCUAAUAAUACCACAUUAAAGAAAACAUCUUCAUCUGGUACAACUGAUUCACCAUAUCUUGGUUCAAAAAUUAGUCUUGUAUCAAAAGCUAAAAUUCGUUAUGAAGGUAUUCUCUAUACAAUCGAUGCUAAUGAAUCGACUGUAGCACUUUCAAAAGUGCGUUCAUUCGGUACUGAAGAUCGUCCAACUGAUCGUCCAGUACCAGCUCGUGAUGAAAUCUUCGAAUAUAUUAUCUUUCGUGGUGCUGAUAUUGAAGAUCUUCAAGUACGAGAACCUCCAUCAAGUUCAUUAACUCAAGAUCCAGCUAUUGUCGAGUCAUCUGCCUAUUCUGAUAAUGCUCGUUCAAAUACAAUUGGAACUAAUACAAAUCUUGGAGGAUCAUUACACAAUGGUCAACAACGUUCAUCAUCAAACCGUGGUACAAUGCCAUCACCACCACUUCGUCAAGGUAAUGGUAAAGGUUUAAAAUCCUUUGAACCAUUACGUCAAUUUAAUUUCAAUCAACAACGCUCAUCAAGACAAUAUAAUCAACAAUCACCAUCAGCUCGAUAUGAAGGUCAAGAUUAUUUCUAUGGUAAUCAACGACGUGCUCCACGUCAACAAGAUUAUUACAAUGAUUAUGUUCCAAAUCGUCGAGGUAAUGAUUAUGCUGAAUGGCCACGUCAAUCACAACGUUUUUCAAGACAAUCGCAAAAUUAUAAUGAAAAUCGAUUUUAUUCACAAAGACGUCAACAACCAACAGGAAGAUAUAGUUAUCGUCCACGACGUAAUUCAACUGGUGAUAUGCCAACUAACCAACAACAAACACGUAAUACUCGUCAACAACGUGAACGUCCAACAGGUGCAAACCGAUCAACAUUGAAAUUUGUUGGUGAUUUUGAUUUUGAAAAAUCAAAUGCUGAAUUUGAUAAAAAUGCAAUUGAAGAUGAAAUUAAAAAAAGUUUAUCAAUCAAAACAAGUAAAACUGAAACAACAAGUGAUUCACCAAAAAGUGAACAUGAAAAAGAUAAAGAAAAUCAACAAACAAUUUCAUCAUCAACACAAUCUGAACAACAAGAAAUGCAUCCAGAUGGUUAUUAUGAUAAACAAAAAAGUUUCUUCGACCGAAUUUCAUGUGAAUCAACAGAAAAAGAAAAAACCAAUGCUCGUCGUAACUGGAAUGAAGAACGUCGUGUUAAUGCUGAAACAUUCGGUUUAAAAUACCGUCCAGUACAACAAGGUGGAUAUCAACAACAAGGUGGAUAUCAACAACGUCCAACUUAUCGACGAAAUAAUAAUGGUGGUCGUUAUCAACAACGUACAGGAGGAAAUGAAGGCUAUGGAGGUUAUCGAAGUUAUGGAGGUUAUGGUGCUCGUAAUGCCAUGCAAUAUGGCAACUUUAAUAAUCGAGUACGAGCUUAUUAA